GGGGUAUAAAAGCAGUUACAACCGUUGAGAUGGGCAUAGUACCGUUUUGAAAGGUCUCCCGUUCUGAUCUAAAUAACAGUAAUCGUGCUUGUUAAAUUUCCGUUACGGUUUCGUGCGUUUUAAGUUAUUUCUUUGGUGUUAAUCAAUAAACAGAAGAACUCACAAACAAAAAUCUAAUCAAAAUGUCAAUCUCUGAUUUCCGCAAGAAGAAGCUUUUGUUCCUUUUCAAUGUUUUCUUUGAUGUAAACCAAAGUGGAGAAAUCGACCUGAAGGAUUUUGAAUUGGCAAUUGAGAAAGUGUGCCAACUGAGGGGUUGGAGUGCUGGCAGUGCCAAAAACAAGGAGACACACGAUGUGAUGAUUAAAAUUUGGGAAGGACUUCGAUCGAAGGCCGACAAGGAUAACGAUGGGCAGGUGUCUGUUGAAGAAUGGUGUAACAUGUGGGACGCCUAUGCCAAGGAUCCCAGCACGGCAAUGGAAUGGCAAAAUAGGUAUAUGAACUUUAUGUUUGACUUAGAAGACGCCUCCAACGAUGGUGGCAUUGAUGCUACCGAAUUUUCACUCGUUUGCUCAAGCUACGGAUUGGAUAAGAACGAAUGCGAAGAAGCCUUCAAAAAAAUGUCCCAGGGUAAGGAAGAGGUAACUCGUGAACAAUUUGCACAAUUGUGGCAGGAAUAUUUCUCUGCAGAAGACCCAAAUGCUCCAGGCAACUUUAUCUUUGGCAAGACUUCAUUUUAACGAAAUUAAACGUACAUUUUGUUAAUUUAUUAUAUUGUUACUUGUACGAUUGAUAUUUAAAUUAUUAAUUUGUUUGUGUUUCCAAUAACAAUAAAAAAAUAAUAAAACAAUGAAAAACAAUAUUA